CCGCCAUAAACAAAACGCAUCACAUUGAUGUGAAUUUUAUGUUUGUAAUGCAAGUCGAGCGCAAUGCAUUGAUAUCAAAAAGAGCCGUAGCCGUUCUAUUGAUUGUUUACACUUUUCUUUUACAAUGUAUCCAAGCUGAAUAUUGUGACACACGAUCUGAAGAUAAAAAUACUGAAGUAAACACUGGACAGUGCAUUGAUACCAAUACAAUGGCUUUGAUGGUUUAUAAUGAAAACGAUGUUCUGCCACUUCAUAGACAAGAAAGAAAGUUUAAUUUUGCCUCACACGAUAUAAUUAUCAAGCAAGAUUGGAAAGGGCUCGGUGUUGCAGCAGUUGUGUGGGAUGCAGCUGAAGUUUUGGCUUGCUACCUGGAGAGUCAUACUGAAGUUGUGCAUGACCGAUCAGUGAUUGAGCUGGGAGCAGGGGCUGGGCUGGUUGGCAUGGUUACUGCUCUACUUGGAGGGCAGAUAACGAUAACUGACCGUGAAGAGGUAAUUGAAUAUCUUCGCUCAAUUGUUGAGAAAAAUGUUCCGGAAGAGUCCCUGGACAGGGUCAGCAUUCAGCCGCUUGACUGGACCAAGGAUCUGGCCAGCUUUUCUCAAACAUUCGAUGUGAUCUUGGGGGCUGACAUUGUGUACAUUGAAGAAGUGUUUGAGGACCUUCUCAAGACAUUGAUAAAGCUCAGCAGAAAAGAUACACUCAUUUUAUUGUCGUGUAGAAUUCGGUAUGAUAGAGACACUAGGUUUUUGGAAAGAUUAAAGGAACAUUUUGUUGUUGAGAAAAUUCUCUAUAGUGAUAAAAUGGAUGUCAAUCUGUAUAAAGCAAUAAAACGAUAGUUCUUUUAA